AAAAAUGCCUGCAGGUGUCGUUCAAUGUCAACUGAACAAUGGCUGCCAGCGGCUUGCGACGUACAGUGAGGCAGCUGGAGCAGUAUUUUGCUUCCCUGACUAGGAGCCACUGUCGUGUCGCUGAACUUGACAUCCAGCAUCACAAGGAGGCACGGUCACCUCAAACCGUGACGACCUUAAUUACAGCUUUAAUGGGACCAGCGUGAGCGUUUGAGACUGCACCAACAGGACAAAUGACAGGACAGAGAGAGUGAACGAGAGCAAGCCAAAUUGUACAAAUUGGAGAAGGACAAGGCUGCACGUUGAUUAGACUGUGACUGAGCCCAAGAAGACGGAGGCAGGCAUAGAAGACAAGGGUCUGCUGGAAAUGGAUGAGAUGCUUGUCCGCAGACGGACAGAUUAAGAGGUGUGCCAAAAAUUCAUAUGCUAUUGGUCACGAAUGCCAGCCUGCCGCAAGGAGGAUGGACUGCAGUUCAACCACGUCAUACUCUCAAACAUCCCUAACCUUCAUCCACCCUCUUUGGCUCCGACUCCAAACUCAAAUCAUUGGCUCAAGCUCAAGAAAAGACUUCUUUGCACUCAUCCGCAUGCCACCCUCUUGAACAGUUACUUUGUAACUUGGUGACAGAGCGGUAGCGCUACGCCACAAAGGCAACUGAACCAUCUCACCCCUGCAUCUCAGCUUGCGGUACAAGAAGAAUUGUGAGCGUGAUAUGUUUCCAUGCAUGUGGGCAGCUGAUGACGAAAAAUGGCAGGGAGUCCGGUAGGAGAUGCACCUUCCGUGCCCCACUGGCAUUGGGUCUGACCAGUUAAGGUUGGCCUGCCGGCCAUUGCAGCAUUGGCAACGGCUGUCUCAGUGCUGGAGGGAGCACUAUGCAGCAAACUGACUCACCAGACACAAAUUCAUUCAAAGAGUGCAAGUUCCACUGCACCAAUGGGAAUUGUUUGCGUCUGGGCUCACUGAUCUGCAACCAGCUCAAUAAUUGCGGGGACAACAGCGAUGAGGAGAACUGCCCCAUGGUCACCCAGCACCCUCCACCGGGGAUCUUCAACUCUGAACUGGAGUUUGUUCAGAUCAUCAUCAUCAUUGUGGUGAUGACAGUCAUGGUGGUGGUGAUCAUCUGCCUUCUGAACCAUUACAAGCUCUCCACCUUCAUAACAAGGCAGAGCCAGGCCCGUAGGCAUGACCAUUCCCUGCAGCAGGAUGGGUGCCUGUGGCCUUCAGACAGCAACUCGCGACAAGGAGCCUCAGAGGUGUUGUACGCUCCCCAGGCCAGGGAUCGCUUCAGCGCCCCCGCCUUCAUGCACAGAGACCGCUUCAGCCGCUUCCAGCCCACCUAUCCAUACCUGCAACACCAGAUUGACCUGCCACCCACCAUCUCGCUGUCAGACGGCGAGGAGCCUCCGCCGUACCAGGGACCCUGCACCCUGCAGCUUCGCGACCCCGAGCAGCAGAUGGAGCUCAAUCGGGAAUCAGUGAGGGCGCCGCCUAACCGGACCAUCUACGACAGCGACUUGAUCGACAUGGGGGGCGGCGGAGGGCCGAGCGGUCCCAGGCCACCGAGCAGUAACUCCGGCAUCAGUGUGGCCAACUCUAAUAUCCACGGGCGCACGGAAGCCCCCCCGCCCGCCUACAGCGAAGUGAUUGGCUCGACGUUCUUUCUUCACCAGCUAAGCAAUAACCAAAGGGUGGUGGAGUGCGGGGGCCCCGGAAGCGGAAUGAUCCAGCAGCAGAGCCAAUCGGAAAGCACAAUUGAACCUUCCAAGACGAAGGACGGCCAACCGGAGGACCUGGCGUGAGCGGGACCAACCAUAGACCUUGGUCCCUCUCUCUCGGUCCUCUGUUCACACUCCCGUGCACAACAUACAGCAAGGAAAGAGAGGACAUCAGUUUUGAUUUUGAUUCUGUCUCUUUCUGCUGUUACAAACUGCUCAGCAAGCACUGCUGGGGCAGGAUUGUGAUGUGCAAGGAGUUGGAUUUUUUUUUUGUUUGUUUGUUUUUGGUGUUUGUCUUCAGCAGAAAAAGCUAGGACACAGAUUGAAACUUUUUUUUAAAAAUCCUCCCUCAUCCCCGUUGGUGGCAACCUUAUCUGGAGGGAUGGAGGAUGACGUUUUCCCUCCUUUUUUUUUUUUUUUUUUUGUUCCACUUUUUUUGGACCGGGAUCUGUGCACAAAGCCAGGACUGAGAAUCAAAGGACCUAAACAAAACAAGUCACUCACACACACACACACACACACA